UGGUUGGGGAAAGAGCCAAAAGAGUGGGUUUGGAAGAUGUCCCAUGCUUGAGAGAGAGAGAGGAUGUCCUAGAGAGAGAGAGAGAGAGAGUCAGAAAUAUGGCAUCUUUUGGAUCAGUGAAAGCGGCGAUAUUUGAGAAAGAGGAGCGGAAGCAGCAAUAUCAGAACCACAUUCGAGGGCUCAAUGCGUAUGAUCGACAUAAGAAGUUUGUUGAAGAUUAUGCACUGUACUAUGGAAAGGGAAGGAGAGAGCAGCAUGUAUUGCCCCUUAAAACUGACCAAGAUACACUUAGAGAGGGCUACAGGUUUAUCCGUUCUGAAGAAGAUGAUACUAAUCCAUCUUGGGAGCAGAGGCUAGCAAAGCGCUAUUAUGACAAGCUCUUUAAAGAAUACUGCAUCGCGGACAUGUCACAAUACAAGAAAGGCAAGAUCGGUCUUAGGUGGAGGACUGAAAAGGAAGUCAUAUCUGGCAAAGGUCAGUUCAUAUGUGGUAAUAGAAAAUGCGACGAGAAAGAGGGUCUCUCAAGUUAUGAGGUCAAUUUCUCUUACGUGGAAGCUGGAGAAAACAAGCAAGCACUUGUAAAACUUGUAGCUUGUGAGAGGUGUGCAGAGAAGUUGAUGUAUAAAAAGUGGAAAGAAAAGGAAAAACAAUCAGAAAAGAGAGAGAAGGAAAACCGCAAGAGGAGGAGGGAAGAAGAAAACAGUGAUAGCGAACGUGAUCAAAGCAGUGGGAAAACUAAAAAAGGACAAAAGGCUACAACUUCAAGAGAUCGUAAAAUUGAUAGUGAUGAAGAUAAUUUUGAUGAGUUUUUUGAAGGUAUGUUUCCAUGAAUUGGAUAAUUAAAGGAGACAUUCUUAACGGAUGCAGGAUACGUAAAGUUCUUUAGAGCAUAUGCAGAAUAGUGAAUUCAGGUCAUCCUUUAGUAUGGAUGUAAUAUAUAAUCACAUGAUUAAACUGGCCUGACUCUUGGAUGGUGGGAUAAGUGAAGCCUGGGAUGAGAUCUUUCUUGAGCUAUAUUGAAUGAAAAAAUGUGACCUUUUUUGCUCCCAAAAA